UGUGAAACUAUUCUCCACGCAGCCGAAGCUAAACCUCAUUCCCUUACUGCUCAGUGCUCGCCACCGUCUGUCACUUUUAAAAUCCAGAGCAACAAAGCGCACUGUUACUCAAAUUCUUAGAACCAUUCGCUAUUUUGAUCAGCGACGGAGUGCGUCUCAAUUCCCUAGCUUCAAAGCUAUUUCAGUUUUGAUGGAGGGAGGAGACAGCAUAUUAGAAGCCAUCUAUGAAGAGGAUUACGCGGAGGACAUUGAUGAUGUUGAGAUGCUUGAUGUCGAAGAAGAGUUGGAGAAGCCCAAUUCCCCAAAUGAAAAGGGACUAAGCAGUGGUGGAGAUGUGAAUUUAGCAAGUCAAGGAUGUCAAAGUAAAAACAGCAAAAGAAGAGCAAAUAAGAAGAAGAAUAAGAAAAAGAAGGGUGGCGCGGGGCCGAAAGUUACAGACAUAAACAGGUUUGUCUUAGAUACAUGUAAGCGUCUGAGAGAGAAGAAAUCGUACAUGAUAUAUGCGGCUGUAGGUUGUUUGGGAGUUUCUGCAUUAAGUGAUCUUGUCAAAGAGGUGGAUGCGGUUCAGGCUUGUGGAGGUCAGAUGACUGCCGAUGGCGGACGCUUACGAACAGGUGGUGGUAUAUUAUGGCGUGUCAUCAAAGCUCGAGACCCAAAAGCCUACAAAGAAAUAAUGAAAAAGGCGAAAGAGUUUGAGAAGCAAUUCAAGCAACCAAAUAUUAGGCGAGAAAUGGGGCAAAAGAAAGAGGAUGUUUCACCUGGAACUGUCAUGAAUGGGCCGCCAGUCAAUUUUUCAGAUGGUUCCCAACUUAUAUCUGAUAUGCAGAAUCAACCAGAGCAGUCGAAUACUACCGAUAUUAAACGAAUAUCUGUUCAUAACAGGUUACGGAUACCUGUCUCAUAUGAUGAUAACCUUCUUGGUGAAGAUCCUGGCAAUGAAGCGACUUGAUUUUGGGCAUUGGAAACAUUCAGGGAUGAUUGUUGGUUUUUAUGCAAUUGGUGGAACAAAAUGUUUUGACGCAUUUGGCACGAUUGAAGAAUUCCUUGGAGGCAACUAUUAGUUUUCCCCUCGUAAAAGAGCAGCUCUCAAUUACCUAUUUCUUGGUUCUCAACCGAUAUUUAUUUAUUUUGUUGAAAGCAAUUGUGACGGGUAUUGCUUUUCCACCCAACUUGUUUUUGAAAUAACACUUGCUAAUUUAAUAUGAAUUCAACAUGAAA